UACCAUUUAAUUUUAAGGGAACAUGCCCCUUUAAACUGAAUAUCCUCGAAGAACACGGUACAAUAUAGAGCUGAUUAAGGAUCUUCGUUAACUAUAGUUAAGAUCUGCAAGUUAUACAGAGUCUAAUAAACCACGUCUUCCAUAUGUUUCAACCUGGGAAAAGAAUAGGGAAAACGAACAAGGAGAUAGAAUAUGGAUUUGGUUUCCAUUUUCAGUUUUUCGCCUUGGAUGUUUGUUUCGUCUUUUCUGGUGCUGUUUGUGUUGAUAUGGAUCCUAACUUAUGCUGUUGAGGGCUUAAGGGCGAUGGAAUCUAGCUCCAGGGCUGAUGGGUCUACAGUGUUUCUGGAGGAUCCCAGUUCCCUUAAAAAGGUGCUAUGCCCGUCAAUUUUUGAUCCUCCAGAGAAGUACAUAUCUCUAAUAAUUCCUGCAUAUAAUGAAGAAUUGAGGUUGCCUGGAACAAUUGAUGAGACCUUAAGUUAUCUUCAACAACGUGCUUCUGUAGACAAGUCAUUCUCAUAUGAAGUGGUAAUUGUUGAUGAUGGGAGUACCGAUGGCACAGUAAAGGUUGCUUUUGACUAUGUGAAGAAAUUUUCUGUAGAUAACGUAAGGGUCAUUCGGUUGGGAGCAAAUUAUGGCAAAGGAGCAGCUAUCAGAAAGGGAAUGCUCCAUGCACGUGGUGAGAUUCUUCUAAUGUUGGAUGCUGAUGGGGCGACAAAAAUAACUGAUCUGGGAAAACUUGAAAAUCAGAUUAAAGAAUAUGCUGAAAAGGAGAUUAUCAAGGAAAGUAAAAUAAGCAGUGGUUCAAUUACAAAGAUUUGCAAUAUAUCAGUUGCUGCAUUUGGUUCUCGGGCUCAUUUGGAGAAGCAGGCUAUAGCAACUCGCAAGUGGUAUCGCAACAUUUUAAUGAAAGGAUUCCAUUUGUGUGUCCUCUUAGUUGCUGGUGCCGGAGUCAAAGACACUCAGUGUGGCUUCAAAAUGUUCACAAGAGCUGCGGCACGCCGACUUUUCAUCAAUAUGCGCCUUAAAAGGUGGUGUUUUGAUGUGGAAUUAGUAUAUCUAUGUAAACGUAUAAACAUUCCUAUCAUAGAAAUAUCUGUCACCUGGACAGAGAUCCCUGGUUCUAAAGUCCGUAUGACAAGUAUAAUAUAUAUGUUAUUGGAGUUGGUUCUAGUUCGCCUUGGUUAUGGUCUUCACAUAUGGAAAAUUCACAACUAGGCUGAUGAAUGACAUUUUUGCCAAAUCCCCAUUCAAAUGUGUCAAAGUUAUAAACAACUAACAAGCCUUAUAGGCCACCAUUCUGGAAAUAGUCUGAAAACAUAUUACCAGGUCACGCUGAUAUUUUCAGGAAGGGUAACAUUUUUGGCUGGAGAAAUUCUACCACUUUGAUUUGAUAACUAAGUGGAUUAGCUUGGCAUAAGAUUUAACAGAUUUGGAGCAUCAUAGUGGGUUCAAAUUAUUUAUAAUUAGCAUUGACAGAUGAAAAUAACAAGUCUCUGAUUCUAAUGAUUCAAGGGUGAUAUAGGGGCAUACAUGUUGUUUCCACACCGGAUUUGUCAUACAGCAGUCUCUCUCAACUCUUGGUUGCUGUACACAGCUCUUCACAUGGAGUAUUUUCUUAUAUGUAAUAUAUUUAUGGGCAAGAAGAUGAGAGACACUCCAAAAUCACAUUCGUGCAUUACGCAUUUACUUUGCUAAGCCCAAUUCGUUCUCAUGCUUGCUUGCACAUGUAAUGUAUUAAUUUUAACAUGUUGCAUAUGGUCUGACUUUUAGUGCUAUUUAAUAUUUUGGUUCUGUUCAA